GUCACCAAAGUAGUUGAUUUAUGUGCUGCUCCUGGGAGUUGGAGUCAGGUGCUUUCGAAAGAAUUACAGCCGAACGCUGAGAAUGAUAAUGCGGUUAAAAUCGUUGCUGUCGACCUACAAGCGAUGGCUCCUCUGCCAGGCGUCAUUCAGCUCCAAGGCGACAUAACGAAAGAGUCGACGGCGAUAGAGAUCAUUCGACAUUUCAGCGGCGAAAUGGCUGACAUGGUGGUGUGCGAUGGUGCUCCCGAUGGUAUUUUUUAA